AUGAAUAUAAUUCUAAGACGUUUAGGGAUUAUUAUGAUGUUGAUGUGUUACGUUAUAUUAGGUGCUUGUAAUGAAAUUUAUCCAUCUAAAUCUAAAUUAUUGUCAAGGAGGAGAAGAUAUGUUGCAUUUCCUGAAGGAUCCAGUUUUUCGUGUGCUGGGUGUAUGACUGUGGGUCUCAUAGGGCAACCGGCUCCAUCGACAGCCCCCGGCACGUUCACCUUUGGGCUCAACUGGGCCAUUGCUUAUGAGCUGCCCAAUGCAACCGAAACCACAGCUUUCUACACACAAAAGUACAAAUACAAGAAACCGGUCCAUCAGAGGAGAAGCAGGAGGGAAUUGUAUGAGAAGAUUGAGACUAUUUUGGACAGGUUAGUCGACACGUGUCUGCACCAUUGGGCACUUUCGACGCACCAACUGCACGUUUCAGGUAUGUCCACAUAG